AUGCAUAUUGAAUCAAUUCCAAUGAGAUGGGGGCUGGGGGACAAUUACGCUUAUUUGCUAAUUGACGAUAAAUCGAAGAAUGCCUGGUUGAUUGAUUCAGCGGUUCCUGAGGAAGUUACAUCAUAUAUCAACUCCAAAAAGCCUCAAUAUGAGUUAAAAGCGAUUGUCAAUACUCAUCACCAUUAUGAUCACUCUGAUGGGAACCCAUAUUUCCAUAAAAAGUAUCCUGAUUUGCCAAUUAUUGCGGGAAAGGAUUCUCCUUUGGUGACUUAUACUCCAUCACAUGAAGAAGUGAUUGACUUGGGAGAUAACUUAUCAAUUACUGCUUUACAUACACCUUGUCAUACUCAAGAUUCGAUAUGUUAUUAUGUUAAAGAUGCCAAAACUGGUGAAAAGGCGGUGUUUACCGGAGAUACUUUGUUCAUUAGUGGUUGUGGCCGAUUCUUUGAAGGCACUGGCGCUGAAAUGAAUGUAGCGUUGAACAAGAUCUUAGCCAACUUGCCCAAGGAUACCAAAGUGUAUCCAGGACAUGAAUACACCAAAUCAAAUGUCAAGUUUUCAAGCAAGAUUUUACAAAAUGAAGCAAUCAACAAAUUGAAACUGUUUUGUGAAGAGAACGAGUAUACUACUGGGAAAUCCACCAUUGGUGAUGAGUUGCAAUGUAAUCCAUUUAUGAGGUUACUGGAUCCCCAAGUACAGGAAAAGACUGGAUUGACUGAUCCUGAUCAGGUAAUGGACAAGCUUCGUGAAAUGAAAAACAACUCAUAG